GGGAAAGCCUCUGUCCAGCAAAAUCUGUGGGCUGGGCUAUCCUGCGCUAGCUUUUUGUCAGAUUACUGCUGACCUUCAGGAGAAAAGGGUAUCCCAUCACUUAGCCUGCAGCUGUGUGGCUUGCUAUCGUUGCGGACCCUGUCGCUCCAUGAUUCUCGUGACACAAUGGACGGUGUUGCUGCUCUUGUUGAGCCCUGCUCUGGGGAUGGUGGAGGAAGAGAGGCUGGCGCUGCGAGAAAAAGCGCGAGCAAUGUUCCACCAUUCGUACGACAACUACAUGGAGCACGCUUUUCCUCACGACGAACUGCGCCCUGUCUCCGAAACCUACACAGACUCUCUCAUGGAGCUGGGUAACCUGAACCUUGAGCAUCUGAGCCCGUCAUACAACGGCACUGCCCUGACACUCGUAGAGUCCCUUUCAACGCUUGCGGUUCUUGGGAACACUUCCGAAUUUGAGAAAGGGGUCAGCUGGCUCAGCGAAAACCUCUCGUUCGACAUCGAUGUGCGGGUGAAUGUCUUUGAGUGUACAAUUCGCCACCUAGGCGGUCUCUUGUCCGCACACAUGCUGGCGUCCGAUCCCGAUACCCGGCUCAUGCCCGGGGGCUACUCGGGGCGGCUUUUGGCGCUGGCGCAGGACCUCGGAGAGCGGCUGCUGCGAGCAUUCACGAGCCCAACCGGUAUCCCUUACGCAUGGGUCAACCUGCGUCACGGCGUUCGGAAAGGCGAGACGCCCGAAACCAGCACCGCAGGCUGCGGAUCACUCAUCUUAGAAAUGGGCACCCUGAGUCGACUGACGGGGAGGCACCAAUACGAGGACGCCGCCUUAUGGGCGCUCCGUAAGCUAUGGGCCAUGCGCAGCCCGGCGGACCUGAUGGGCACCACGCUGAAUGUGGAGACGGGGCAGUGGAUCGAGUUUUCGGGCGGAAUCGGAGCAGGAGUCGACUCCUUCUAUGAGUACCUGCUCAAGGCCUACAUCCUUUUCGACGAGCCCGCUUACUGGGCCUCCUUUCACAAGGCGUACCUCGCCGCCCAGCGCUUCCUUCGGACGGGAAAUUGGUACCAAGACGCGGACUUGCGCACCGGACGUCCGACGCACCGUCAGUUCGGGGCGCUGCAGGCCUUCUGGCCAGGGCUACAGGUCCUGGCGGGGGAUGUAGAGGAGGCCCGGAGGACGCACCGACAGUUCUUUGCGGUGUGGGAGACGUUCGGUGUGUUCCCCGAGCGCUACUACUACGACGGCCAGGCAGUGCACCACAGCGAAAACUACUACCCGCUGCGGCCGGAACUGGCGGAGAGCACUUAUCUGCUGUACCAGGCGACCCGGGACCCUUUGUAUCUCAAGGUCGGCAAAACGAUCCUCACUAACCUGAAUCGGUUUACGAAGGUGCCGGGGGGUUACACCAGCUUGCGGAGCGCGGUUACGAAAGAAAAGGAAGACCAUCAACACUCGUACUUCCUCUCCGAAACGUGCAAGUACCUGUACUUGUUGUUCGACCCGCAUCCCCCACCUUUCCUGCGAAACAAGCAGUUCGUUUUCACGACCGAGGGGCACAUACUCCCGCUAGGCUUCUCUCGGGUUCCGUUAAGGGCACCGCUAACCGCCGUGGUUAAGCCCCCGUGCGACACGUGUCAGACAAUUAAUCUCGACGAGCAUAAGAUCAGUUACAUGAGCCUAAGGGUGUGUCCAAACUGGGCGAUAGAUUCGCGGACUUUCAAGAGCUUAGGGGGCGUAGAGAGCAUUUGUCAUAUUCCGGACGGUUCGCCGGACCAUAGGUGUAAGAACCAUCUCCAGUGCGGGGUCGAUGCGGCCUCGUGCAGACACCGGACGUGUAGCCCGGCGGGCUUUUGUAAUUGACUGGGUCAGGUGCAGGUAUUACUCGGAAGCGCGAAGCACAUAGGAUGAAAUUGCUUGAUGCAAUCAUUCGGGCCCGUCGGACCUUGAUUCUGC